GGAUCUCAAUUAAUACAUUAUGGACCUCGGUGUCAUCAAUUUUCUACUUAUUUUCAGCCAGUUCCUUAUCAAUUCUCAACAAUAUGAAAAUCUUGCCAGUAGGAAACCUGUGAAGGUCAGUAGUAGAUACAAUUACGGAUACUUUUCACCAAGUAAAGCCGUGGACGGAGACAAGAGUACAUACCUACUGGAAUGUGCACUGACAGCUUCCGGUCAGAAAGAGGCGUGGUUAACAGUGGAUCUCGGGGAGAAUAAAAAUAUAGCAUCGAUCUCAAUCUUACACGGGGGCUUUGGUCUUGAUGCAUCCUCAUUAAGAACAUCUGAUUCUGGUAUCUAUGCUGAUACAAAUGGAGACGGACCAGUCUUUGCUGCCAAUUCACUAAGAAGAAUUUGUUUGGAUAGCUUUGAUGCAAAAGAUGCCCAGGUCGUUUGUCUGGCUUGGGGUUUUUUACCAGACAGUCCCCUUCAUUCCAAAUCUAUUGAUUCCUCAUCGGCUCCAUUUUAUGAAAAUAAAUUGAACUGUGCAGGCAAUGAAGUUAACAUAAAUAGAUGUAUAAAAGGAUCAUAUGGCUGUCCAUCAGGAUCAGCUGUGGCUGUUAAAUGUCAAAAAGGGAACACCUUGUCUGGAUUUUCUGUGUAUGUAUCUGAUACAGAAGACUGGAGAUCAGGAACUCUCUGUUAUCAACAUGAUAUACAACAAAUACCUCAUAAUAACGUCACGGUAGACUGUGUCACUUACGGUCGCUACGUUACUGUGUACAAUGCAAAAAAUACAACAUCAUUUCCUAAUGUAUCCGACUUUUCGUAUAUAAAUAUAUGUGAAAUCGAAGUAAAAGGAUGUGACUUGGGAUUUUACGGAGGAAACUGCACGUCAAAGUGUCCUCAGAAUUGUUUGAAUAACACAUGUCACUCUCAGAUAGGAGAAUGUUUUGAGUGUAACGAUGGAUACUCUGGACAGUAUUGUGAAACAGAAUGCCCAGCUGGUAAAUAUGGUCAAGGUUGUUCUUUGCAUUGUGGGCCAUGCAUCAAUAAUACUCCGUGUAACCACGUGAAUGGAUCAUGUCCUGGAGAGUGUUCUCCUGGAUGGAGAGGAGAUAAAUGUGAUCAAGAAUGUGAUCCUGGACAUUUCGGACUGAUGUGUAAGGAUCACUGUAGUCCACAUUGUUUGGAUCCCAUGUCGUGUGAUCACGUGAAUGGGUCAUGUGAUGGAGGGUGUAGGGAUGGCUGGAUUGGAUCCAGGUGUCGGAAACUAUGUGCCUCGACGUUCUAUGGAGUUAUCUGUAAUCAGUCUUGUAGCAACGACUGCAGAGAUAAUAUAUGUAACCCAGAGACGGGACAUUGUAUUAGAUGUAAUGAAGGCAGAUCUGGAGAGUUUUGUCAGACUGGAAUUUCCACAGGUAUAACAAAAAAUUAA